ACGUUCCGCACCGGUAUCCACUAAAUUAACCAAAAAAAUUGUUUAAAUAAAAAAUACGAAAAUUUGUGAAUCCCUCGGUUUGUGCGCGUCCUUCUAGUUCAGUGAAACAACCUUCGCUUCUCAAAUUUAAGUGUUCCACAAAAGAGAAAAAAAGGUCAUGUGAGUGCAGUGAUUCAGUGACAUUUUUCCCAGUGGUCUCCUCAUUGCCUUUCACUGUACUUUUGUACUGAUUUAAGUUAACUGGACCAUAUAAUAAUCCAGACUAACCGGCUCAGAGCCAGAGUCCUGCGACAACCAGGACAGAAGACUACAAGUAAGAGCAAAAAUGUUUACUCUAAGAAGAAAACGCAUCUACUUAACGAUCUCAUGUUGACGUUUUAAAAACUCUGAAGAAGUAAGAAAACUUUCAUGGCAUCUUGCGGCUUAGUCGGAAGGAACUGACGACCCGAAAAACAAAUCUAACCGCUUACAGAUGAUUUUCUGACGAAUUAUUUACACUCUGUUUCUUUCGUUGAAGUUGAGUUAUUAAUUUUUUCCAUUGAAGUUGAAGUAAAGAGAAUCAAAUCAUGGAGGAUGAGGACGCGGAGGAGAUGCGAGAGGCGAUUACACUCGUGAAUAAAUACGUCUCAAAAACCACAUCCAAAAGGAUUUCUUCGACCCGGCAGCGACUUGUGAAGAAAGAUCAUUCAAACGAGGAAUCUGAUACCAUGGAGUGUCCAUCCGAAAACGAGGUGGAGAACAUUACUCCUGAUGAAGAUCCGGAACCGAUCGUGACUGACGAGAAGGGGAACCGCAUUUCCGGAAGACAGAUAUCCAAAGAGAGUGAACUUCCUGAUGUCUCCGAAGAGGUGUCGGAAGUCUCAGAAGUCUCGGAAGCACGAGUAGAAGUCCGUAAAGCCCACUCUCAAAGACACACAGCCACCGCAAGGAUUCAGAUUCAAAGUUCCUCUUCAUCCAAUGAAAACGAAAACCCUCCAAGAACUAGCUUUGCUAAAUACGGUGGAGCUAGACUAUUCAUGAGCUCCACCAGAAGCCCGCAAUCCAGUUCGAGCCAAGAGGAAUAUGAACCGGAAGUGAAAACUAUUCCAAAGCAGAAUCUGCUGACUAUAGCGUCCAGUCAUGUAACCGCCAGAUCAAUGGAGUCUUUGAGGACAUCUAGAAACUUUUUGAGUGCAGAUGAUCGCUACUGUGAGGACUCUCGAUCUUUGGAGUCUCUUUCUUCUUCUUCAGAAACUCAUGUGGCUUCUGGAUCGAAAGGACAUUACAGAAGUUUUCUAACUUCUUCGAGGAAGGACAUGCGGCGGAUUGUGGCUCUAGAGUCUAGAAGCACUGAUAAUCUUCAUCGCGAAGAGAGUCUCAAUGCUGAAGUUAGAAGAGGUUUGUUUGCUAAUAUGGGUCUCGAGAGGAGGCUUCCCCAGCAUCUUAGUUUGCCUCCUCCUUCAGGAGUUUUUUCUUUAACGAGUCCUGGAGGUAGUGAUAGGAGAAUCACAAUUUUGAGUCCACAUUCGCCUCUUCAAGUUCCUGACUUUCAACAGAGUUUCGCGGUCCAGACCCUCAAGAACAGGAGGAAGAAGGCUAUUGUCUUGCCGAGGUUGGUGUUACCCCGAAGUGAUUCAGAAGUCUUCUUAGACUUUGAUGUGGAAAAUGGAGCAUCAACGCUGGAAGCCGGUGGGGGCGGCGGAGCAUCUCCGAGUGCAGGUCUGGUUUUACAGAACCUGCCACAAAGGAGAGAAAGUUUCCUGUAUAGAAGCGAUAGCGAUUUUGAGAUGUCGCCGAAGUCGAUGUCGCGGAACAGCUCUAUCGCUAGUGAAAGGUUCAAAGAUACAGAUCCGCCUGUCGAGCGAGCGACAUUUACCGAUCAGUACAGUCAUGGCGAGGACCUCAUCGUCACUCCCUUCGCGCAGAUACUCGCUUCUCUGCGAUCAGUUAGAAACAAUUUUCAAUCGCUCACGAACGUGCCGACUAAAGGAUCGAGGAGGAGUAGUGCAGCCCAGGGUAGUAAUACGCCUCAGCCACGGAUCCUGGCGCCCGGAGAAGAGCCUUACGUGAAAAUGGCUGUAGAAACGUUAGAGGAGCUAGACUGGUGCCUGGACCAGUUAGAAACCAUUCAGACGCAUCGAUCCGUGUCCGACAUGGCUUCCCUAAAGUUCAAGAGGAUGUUGAACAAAGAGCUUUCACACUUUUCGGAAUCAUCCAAGUCUGGCAACCAGAUCUCCGAGUACAUCUGCAGCACUUUUCUCGAUAAACAACAGGAGUUGGAUUUACCAUCUCUGCGAAUUGAAGAUGCUGUUGCUGCAACGGGAGUUAUGGAAACGAGGGUUACCAAGAAGAAAGAUCGUGUACAAAGGGGGCCGGCCUCGAUGUCACACAUUAGCGGUGUCAAAAAACCCUUAACGCACACUAAUAGUUUCACUGGAGAAAGAGUACCCGCUUAUGGCAUAGAAACACCUAAUGAAGAUCAACUGGGCAAGCUUCUGUCGGACAUCGACAAGUGGGGAAUCGACAUCUUCAGAAUAGGCGAACUCAGUAGUAACCGACCGUUGACCUGCGUGGCGUAUACAGUCUUCCAGAGUCGUGAUCUGCUCAAUUCCCUACAAAUUCCACCCAAGACCUUUGUUACCUUCAUGAUGACCUUAGAGGAUCACUACGUCAAGGAUAAUCCCUUCCACAACAGCCUUCAUGCAGCAGACGUCACACAAUCUACGCACACUCUCCUCAACACUCCUGCACUCGAGUCCGUAUUCACGCCCCUGGAAAUCACAGCAGCUCUCUUUGCAGCGACAAUCCACGAUGUUGAUCAUCCUGGUCUUACGAAUCAAUUCCUGAUUAAUUCAAGUUCAGAACUCGCUCUGAUGUACAACGACGAAUCGGUGCUCGAAAACCACCACCUGGCAGUGGCUUUCAAACUCCUGCAGAAUGAUGGCUGUGACAUCUUUGUAAACAUGACGAAGAAGCAGCGUCAGACUCUAAGGAAGAUGGUGAUAGAUAUGGUGCUUUCGACAGACAUGUCAAAGCACAUGACUCUUCUGGCUGAUCUAAAAACCAUGGUGGAGACGAAAAAAGUCGCCGGAUCAGGAGUCCUUCUUCUGGACAACUACACAGACAGAAUACAAGUCCUGGAAAACCUGGUGCACUGCGCCGACCUGUCCAAUCCCACGAAACCGCUUCCACUUUAUCGGCGAUGGGUUGCUCUUCUGAUGGAGGAGUUCUUCCUCCAAGGGGAUAGAGAGAGGGAGCAGAACAUGGACAUCAGUCCCAUGUGUGACAGACACAGUGCCACCAUAGAGAAGUCUCAGGUUGGAUUCAUUGACUACAUCGUCCAUCCACUCUGGGAAACCUGGGCUGAUCUGGUUCAUCCGGAUGCUCAAGAGAUUCUAGACACCUUGGAGGAGAAUCGAGACUGGUAUCAAUCCAUGAUUCCACCUUCACCACCUUCGGAUGAUCAGUCGAAUGACCAGCAACAGUCCGACAGGAUACACUUCCAGGUAACAUUGGAAGAAGGAGAUGAAAGUGGGGAAGCGGGGGAAAGUGGUGAUCAGACAGCAAUUUCCGGUGAAGAAGGGGGUGGUGAAUCAGAAGAUAUCGCUGGAGAAGCUGGAAUGUGACGGAGGCUGGCUGGCAUUUGCAAGAAGCUCCACGAAAAGGUGCAACAAACUUGGUGGCGUGUUCGCCAGUGACGUUGAACGUCUGCUUCUGGUUUUCUCGAGUUUGCUACCUGAGAAGUCGCUCGGAAAGGCUCAGAUGACCCACAUGAUCCCGGUUAUCCUUUACCGGUGAAUACUCGUGAUGUAUGAGGCGCGAGUGAUGUAUGAUGCACUAGUGCUGCACGAUGUACUAGUGAUGUGCGAUGCACUAGUGAUGUACGAUGCGCUAAUUGUAGAAGCGGAAGGUGAUAACUCGAAUUGCAGGUGCUAAAUUGAUGAACAAAACAAAGUGAGAGAGAAUGAGAAGACGUAAAUGAAAGAUUAAUUGUUUCCUCAAACCGGCUGGACCGGACUGAGGAAGGGAAUGCGGAAUGUCGACUGGAGGGUGAAUGCUCAAUAGAAGAAAAGCUCAACGUACGUUCUCACUAAGUACUUCUGCAAGAAACGAGUUCUGCUUGCCAAAAAAAAGGAGCGUCAAUACUCGAAGCGACUGGGAGUGCGAAUGGAAACGUGCAAAAAAUAUUCGACAAAUGCAAAAAAAAAUUCGAAACGCGCAAGAAUCAGACUGAGAGACGAUCUAAGACUCGUGCUACUCAACCGAAAUUCUUCAUCGACAUAUCAACACACACACAAAAAAAAAAAAAAAGAAUUUCGGAUGAUUUGGAUCAGUUUAGAGGAACCAGAAAAUUUUAGGCAAGCUGAAUUGAACUUGGCGAAUGAGACGAUUUUCGUCAAACGAACGUACAAUUCGCGCAAGUCGUAAUUCUACGAUAUGUACAUGUAAUCUAUACCUCGACCUUAAUGUAUGUUUGCGUUUGUUUCCCGUUUAUUUCCUACUGACUGUAAAAUUAAGGUUGAUGUGUACAGGGUGACAACGUACGUUUUCUAAACGCACAGAGAGACUGGAGAAAAGGACGGAAAAGAUAGAAAAUAAAGUCAAAAAAAAGAGAAAAAAAAGAAGAUAUACUCUAAUCUCCGAGAGAAUCAUCUGCAGACAUCUUUACGUAUUUGGGCGGAGAUUCUAUUAAGUAAGGAGUUGUCUGGAUAAAAGUGUUCAAUAUUGAAGCAGGCACUCAUUUUUUUAUGACGCUCAGGGAGUGUGCGGGUCAAGUUUCUUUGAGAAAGGCUUCUACAGCUGCGCAAAGUGGACAUAAGUUGGUCCUGCAGGUUAUUAUCUCUGGAAAUAGAGUUUACACUCUAUUGUCCGAAAGAGAAUAAGGUUAAUUCUCAUUAGGAAUGGAGAAUGUACUCUAUUAUAAUAAAAAAUAGAGUAUAUACUCUAUUCCCAGAAAAAAAUAAUGUUAUUCUCGCGGGAAAUAUAUACUCUAUUCCUCAAGAAGAUGAUCUGCAGACGCGCAUCUUUACGUAUUUGGGUGGAGAUUAUGUCAAAAAGGGAUUUGCCUGUAUGAAAGUGUCCAAUAUUGAGGCAGGCACUCAAUUUUUUUAUUACCUUCAGGAAGCGUGCGGGUCAAGUUUCUUGAAGGAAGGCUUCCAUAGCUGCGCAAAGUGGACAUAGGUUGGUCCUGUCGUUUAUUCUCUCGGAAAAAAGAGUAUAUACUCUAUUUCCUGAAAGAAAACAAGUUUGUUCUCACGGGGAAAAGCGUAUAUACUCUAUUCGCAGAGAAAUAAUAAAUUUAUUCUCAGAGGGAAUAAUAUACUCUUAUUUUAAUAGAGAAUGAAGUAUAUACUCUAUUCCUCGAAAGUGAUUUAGGUUCUUCUUACGAGGAAUGAAAUAUAUAGUCUAUUCCCUAAGAGAGAAUAUAUUUCUUUCGCGAGGAAUAGAGUAUGUAAUCAUUAUAACAGAGAAUAUUCUCUUAUUACAACACAGAAUAUACUCUUAUUAUGAGAAUGAAAAGAGUAUAUGCUCUAUUCUUCGAAAGUAAUUUAGGUUUUUCUGAUAGGUUAUGGAGUAUAUACUCUAUUCUCCUAGAGACAAUAAGUUUGUUUUCACAUAGAAUAGAGUAUAUUCUCUAUUAUAAUAGAAAAUAGAAUAUAUACUCUAUUCACCGAAAGAUAAUAAGGUUAUUUUUAUGGGAAAAGAGAAUAUACUCCAAUAUUAUAGAGAAUAGAAUAUGAUUAUUUUCACGGACAAAAGAGUAUAUACUCUAUUGCCCGAUAGAGAAUAAGUUUGUUAUAACAGGGAAUAGAGUAUAUACACUAUUCCCGAGUGAGAACAAGUUUGUUAUCACAGGGAAUAGAGUGGUAUACUGGAUUCCCCGAGGAAGAUGAAGUAUGUUCUUUCGGGGAUUAGAGUAUAGAGAGGUGAGAUGAGAGAACACUACGCUUCCUUGGUUUGAUUUUUGUUCGGUUCUCCGAUUAGUCGAUAGUUACCUAACAGUAAUCGAGGAUCCCAAUCUCGAAACCCAAGCUUUCGUCUCGAUCGCUUAUUAGAAAUUAGGGGUGUGACUAAAAGCGAGAACUCAGUAGUGGCAUCUUAAUAACGAAGCACUAACAGUUAGGAAAUUACCAUAAGGUUUAGUGUAAGAUUUAUUUAAAGAGAAUGAAGCAAUUGAUUUUAAUAUACAACUGUGAAAAAAGCUGGUCUUUGAUGUUUGUAUUAAAAUUGAUUCGUGACUCCUGCGACGACGCUUUCAAUACCUGCGACGUGUGUACAGUUUAAUUCAGCGUGAACCUCGUCGAUAGUUGUUUUUAACCAAAGAGUAAUAUUAGCUUACUGUAAGCCGAAGGUGAAGAAGAACCACCCACAAAAACAUUUUCCACGACACCGAAUUCUCGCAUUUCUCGGCUUGUAGUGUCGCUAGAAACCCAUAGAAUAGUCAAACAUCUUGCCAUCAUCGGCUAGUCAUUUUCCAUUCAAUUCUCAAAUCCAAAAAUCCUUGAAUCCUCUGAUCCUACAUCAAAUCCAGGACGAAAUUCGUUAUCCGCCAAAAAAAAAAACAAAAAACAAAAAAAAAAACACUUGAAAGACUCAAUUUGAUGAUCCUUGCCCUGUGGCCAUUUCGAUGAAAGUAAUUAAAAAUUAAAGAGUAAUGUGAUCCGAUCAACAACCAAGUUCGAAGAAAUAGAUCUGUUAUAGAGAGAGAAAAAAAGAGAGAAAAAGAGAGAAAAAAUCGACUCUAUAAGUCGUGAAUAGAGAUAGAGAUAGGGAUGAAAUUGAGAGUGAAUCGAGAAAUGUUCCCUAAGUCUAACGUAAUCGUAAUAUUUAAACUCUGAGAAUUCUGUAUCUGUGUCGUAGAAAUAUGAGAGUAUUGCGAUUAUUUAACGAGAUAUGUAAUAAUUUUAAUAUAAUACGUGUUUGAUUGCUGGACAGUUAAAUGAACAUGUCGUACGAGAUAUAAUAAAAACAUAUUUAUUGUCGGAAA